CUUUAGAUCCUUGAACCAAUCGCCCAAUUGAUCGGGACGCGUGUGCUGCUACUGUUAAAGGAGCUAAAUUUAAAAGUGCGCUUUGACGGCAAACCGACAUAGCUGAUUCUAUUAUUCGAUCCCGCUAAGGGUACUGAUUUUGUUUUUGCGUCACACGAGCUCCAAUGUGUACGACACACGCUGCGAUGGAUCAUAAAAGCCGUCCGUCCUGGGAAAGUUAUUUGCAGCGAAGUGUAGGAUAUAGUGCACUGCCAACUUCUGUCGAAGUGGCCAUUAAUUAGAUGUAAUUCUCUGUCUCUCUCUCUCUCUUUGGAUCCAAAUUUAAAACACCCACUAUCUCUAGCUCGGCCGCUGGCUGGACGAACGCGCCUCUAUUAAGCGAUAACAAGGCCACAUGCUGCUGCUCGGUGUAAGGCAAGCUCAGCCAAUAGUGCGUGCCACGUUGAUAUGCACCGCACGAUUUUCUCAAACUGACGCGAUAUAGCAUUGCGUCCUAGCACCGGCUGGUGCACCGUCGAUGCAUCGGGUGUCCUCGUUCAGCGGCAGUGGUGUGAUAUAUUACUUGCUUAAUCACUGCUAUCUGCUGCGCCACCACUUGCAAUCUACACGUGCGCCUCGUGUGCAUUCAGGACGCGUACCGGGGCGACCCAGCCGUGCAGCACUAACCCAACAGCGAUCUACUUGAUUCGAUAGCAAUAAAUGGAUUCCAGCCGAGAGAGGAGCGAGCCCAGGUCCAGUGCUGCAUUAAUACACAACAACAACGACGACGGCAACAAAAAUCCACGGUAUUCGAAAAAGGUCCGGGGAAGGUUUCGUCUAAUGAUGCUGGUGAUGAAGAUUGAUGAAGCUAUCCACUUUUUGUUUGGGGUUUUUUUUCGCUACGCUAUCGUGUGAGUGCAAAAGUCGUCCACUGCUUCAGCUGGCUGCGAUGUAUGGCGUGUGUUUAACGCGAUAGAAUUAUAGGAAUAUUAAGACAUCAAGCUAGCGUUACGUGGAAACCAUCGCAUUUUUCAAUGAAAGAUGUAGCGAAAUUCGCUGAAUAUCUAAUUAUUUCUUAAAUAUCUCCAGCUUGAGUCAGUUCCUUCGUUCAAAAGUGAGAUAAAAAUAGCAUACGCAUUUUAAUGAAGCUGUGGGUAAUACCAAGCAUAAAAUUUCUUGAAAAUGACAUAAUAUAAAGUUCUGGAAAAUAUGGUUUACCAGAAUCAAUUAGAAUGGUAAAGGGCUUCUUACUACACUGUGCGUGGUGUAUUGUACGGUAUGUGUACUCCUUGGUGAAACUAUCGCGUCAUGAGUGUGGCAAAAGCGGUUCCGCACAAGUCACAUGACCCUUGUUGUCAUACCUGACGACCGUUGUUGUUCAGCUUGCGUAUAGAUCGUGUGCGUGUGGCCUGAUUUGGUCAUGCGAUCGAUGCAAAAGCGGGCACAAUCUGGCAGACGGACGAAUUUAUAAUUUCGCGAACCGUGGGCUCCUCGGUACCGGUUUUGUUUUUCUUUUCAUUCGUCGAGCCCUCAUUACACACCGUCUGUGCAGGUUGAGAGCAUGAACAUGGGGAAAGAAAAUUGCCAACGGAUAUGCGUUUUGAGAGGGGGCCCAGGGUGAAGGUGGAGAAUGUGCGUGCCGCCACUCUGCUGCAAGUGCAAGCAGGUCCGGUUUUGUUUUUAAACGUUGCGUACGAUCGAUCGUACUGCCGCGAUAUACGUAUAUUCUGCUUCAUGCUUAAAAGCUAUUUUUUCCCUUGACUCGUUCGCUGUUGGUGUGGUGUCACAACAUCGUGAUCAUGCAUGCGACCUGCGCUUUAUGGCAAUCGUCACCAGAAGCGCGCGCGUUUGUAGAUUGUAAUCGAACAUCUUUUCGAACAAUUUGUCUCCCCGGUCCGCCAUCAACGAUUGCAAAAGACUACAAAUUAGCAGUAGGGAAAUUUAUUGCUCGCCUGUUGUGUAUUACAAAAAAGUGCGCAACCGAUUAUGUGCUUUUACAGGGUUGAUUUUUUUUAUCAGUUCGGAGUUAUUUGGUUGUAUCCUGCUCUAAUAUGUAAACCAUAUCAAUAUCACUGAUAUUGAACAACUGUAUUUAUUUUAUUCAAAUACUUUUAGUAAAAUAAUAAUGUAAAACAUGAAUACAUAUUCUUGUAUAAAUGAAAAAAUGACUGAUUUUGGUUCCGUUUAAAAUGUAUCAACCAUGUAAAUGUUGGUGUUUUUAACUGUUGCUUUUCGGCUAGGCGCUUUAGCAACAUGUCUACGCCUUUUCUGCGAAAGCUUUUCUACACCAGCCAUCAUUCGCUAAAGCUUUUAUUUUACAAGACUAUCGAUUUCAUGUGCUCCGUUUUUUGAUACAUGUAAAUGAUUCGCACACCAUUUCAGAACGCCCACACGGUGGCAACACAACACCACCACCGAUUGAGACGGAUAAUUCGGUGUGAAGAGUGGUUGAAUAUUUCAUACAAUCACGCAUGUAUUUUCGCUCCAGCAUCUUCUGCCGCCAGUGCCGGUGAAUAGCGGUUGAAGCCGGUGAGAAGGUUUGUCAAAUCAGGCGAUUGAGUUUGAUUUGAUAUGAAACGGGAUUUAUGCGUGGAUGAACUUUAUUUCCAACGUCGGCUGAGUGCGAGCGUGUGUGUGCUUGUUUUGCGGGGCGGGAGAGAACAAAUUCUAUCACGAAGGUGUGAUAACAUACAUUUUCAACCGGGAGACAGUUACAUAAUCCAUUCCGAGCGCUCGCGAGGCCAGCUCCGUCUUCCCAGCCAAGGUCGGAGCUGCCGCAGCUAUCUGAGCGCGGGCCUGAUGGUUAUUUAUUCAGAGAUUUACUGCACGCCUUUUUUAUGUUUCCUCUUUGGUCCACGAAAAUUAUCCUUCGUAAGAGUGAGUUUUUGAGCGGUUCGUUUGCUCAAAGUACAUUAUCUGAAGCCCCGCGCAAUUGAAGUGGAAAUUCGAACGAACGAAAAAGCGUUUGCGGAAAAGUAUUUCUUCAACUCAUCUUUCAGUAUUGAUUUAGAAAGGCAAACCGGCAAGCUGCGGUGUUUCCAGGUUUGCUGCUAAUGCAAUGGCGGCGGGGGAGGGAGUCCAGGAUGAUUGAUGAUUAGAGGAACGGGAAGCUGUACAGAACACAACGAAUGAUGUUUGUUGCAAAGUCAAAGGUCUACUUGUUGCAUAUUGAAUGCUGUCCGGAAUUGAUAGCGAGAGGGAUGAAACAUAUCGAAGAUUGUUUGUCAUGCUGUUGAAGAUGUGCUUCAUAGGAAGCGAGCAUUGCAGAAGCAUCCGGUGUCGGUUUGCCUGUCUCGGUUUGGACGACGGUCACGGUGACUUCCAGUUUGCUGACUUUUGCACAAGGAGACACAGAGGCAAACUCUGAGUCUCGUAAUACAUCGGUAAUCAUUCGCUGUGACUAUAUUUCGAUGUCAACGUGCGUUUGUUUGACUGGUCUGGUGGACUGUAGCGUAGACAAAAAAAAACAUUAUUCCGUAACGGUGAAUGUAAAUAUAACUGUACUAUCCUAAAUUAACUUGUUCGAUACAGUGAAAGUACAGGCUUUCCAUCGACUGUAUCAUCAUGACGGCUGGACAUUGAGUUCGAUGCUUCUGUGCGGCACUCAAGGACCUUCAUAUUGUUCCACCGAUUUCUGCCCUCUCGCUAACGCGUAGCUUGGUCGUAGCCCGAUCGCUUUGAUGGCCGGUCUUAGGGAUGUGUCCCACGCACUGUUGCCUCGGUUCAAAUUGUGGGCUGCACAGAAGUGGAGGAAGAGCACCAUCGCCAAAGUAGAAAGUUUAAUUACCUCCAAAAUGGGCGCUCGCGCUCUCGUAGUACUUCCCACCCAUUGCCUCGGUUCUCGGCUGUACUUCAAACGAGCUCGUAAAAGCAAUUUAAAGCAAACCUCCCCCGACCCUUGGAACGAUGGACCGAGGCUUGGUUGACCUGGCGUUAGUCGUUUUCGGUACUUUGUUUUUCUCAUUUUGUUCGUGUACUUCUUGUGUUGGGAUGCGAAAAAAAGCAACUACUGUCAUAAUUGGGGUUUAUGUCUCUUCGUUUGACCUAUUAAUAGCCGUAGAUGUUUCUGCUGAGUGCAGUCCGAAAUUGGGGAUCGGUUUAAUAGCAUUUAGUUGCUCGGUGACGAAAUGAACAUAAAGUAAUAAGUGUGUGUGUGUUUUUUUACGUUAUUCGAGUACUUACAUUACUGCCAGCAAAAAGCAAUAGGGUUAGGAAGUGUGGGCCUACUGGGAAACAUCGGUUAAACGGUGAAGGUCAAUGGAAAAGCAUCUGGGUAUGAGGCUUCUUCGUGCUGAUGAUAAUCACCAUCGAUUCGAUAUCGGUUGGGUUGAAAGGACGACAUGCUGAGAUGAUGAUCAGCUUUUAAGCAAAUAUAGGCUUCGGUGCGUAUUCAUGCCUAAAGAGAGUGGCAGGCAUCGCGUUUGUAUCGCGAGGCGGUGUGCUAUAUUUUAUGGGCAGAAUCCGUCCGCAGUCGCGUGAAACUUGACUGGGGGGGGGGGUAGUAUGUUCUCUUAUCCCAUUCGCAGUAGCAAUGAACCAUGUAAGCAUGGAUUUACAUAAACCUACCCCAAACCAUUUACCAGCACACCCAAGAGAGAAUAUAUGCUUUAUGUCCUCUAUAUCUACACACCCUUUACACCUCACUCAUUUGAUCACAGGUAUACACAAACACACUGGUUGGAAAACUCUGUAGCCUUUGAAUAGGGCGUUAAGUUUGCGGUUCAUCCAGGCUACAGGUGGAAGAGCGGAGAAAUGUCUGACGGGUGAAAGUGAAGCGAAGCGAGGAGUUUUAAUAUUUUCCUCAUGCCUCACUUUGCAACCGACCGGGGCGGGAGCUUUUUUUGUGUUCACCUCGCUUGGACAGGAUUUUUCACUCCAGUGAACGAAUCCCUUUGACCGGUAGAGAAGCAACAGGCAGCGACCCUCCCAAUUCACCCUCCAGCUCUUUGCCUAGACAAGGACACGUUGGUUUUCUAUUUCGCAGCCUCCGCAAUGCUGGGGGUGAGAGCGGGAAUCAAAUAUUGAUUUCUGUACAACAUACUACACACACCCGCCUGGUCUCCGAUGGCCUCGGAUGUUGGUUGGCCGUCGUCGUGUAUCGUGUUUACUUCAUACCGUCCAGCAAUUACCCAACUCCACACGUCGUCGUCGUUGCAUUGCAGGACGCAUCGCUACUUCCUAACCACUCCACCCCCCAUCCAGCAGUUUCGCCCACCACUCUUGGAGGGUGCAAGUUUGUCCGUGUGUAGUGCGCUGGUCGGAAAAGAUCGACUUCUUUCAGCACGGCGCACGGUCAGUCGUACGAAGGAGCUUGCAGUGAUCGGUCACAAAAAAGGUCCCAGACCCGUCGUCCACUCUCGCGAGGUUCUGCUUCUGCUUUCAGUUUCACAAAACUGUCUGUGUGUUUGUGUAUUGUCGUAUAUAGACAUCACCAUCGUUGGAUGAAAGAAUCAUCGAUGUGGGGUCGGUCCGGUUGAAUGUUGGUUUUAAUAGCUGAUCGCAAACCUUCGAUUCAUUUCGUACGCGAACGAAACGGUCAACUUUUGCAGACUGGCGAAAACACGGUUGACAUGCGAUCUGGAUGGUGCGCGACGGGCAAAACUGUGCAACACGUGGGCAAGAGAACUGUGUGGCCUGCAUCAUCGUUGUACGUUCGCUCCGUCCGGUUGAUCGCGCGGCUCGCUGCGUUUAGAGCCAGCAGAGGAGUGAUGUGUGUUUCAUUAUUCAAUUCAUUGUGAAUAUGGCGUUUAGUCUGCCCGAUGACCUCCCCUUCUUUCCCAUACGCCUGUCUGUAUGUAGGCGGGCCUUUAAAAGGCCAGGGUGUCUGGAAGGUUUGGCCAAACAGGUUUUUUUUUGCAACUGGAUAAACAUGGCCAAUGUGUCUCGGGGCCGGUAGUUGUUUUAUUUGAAUUGUGCUGCGUUAGGUGAAGUUCGAUCCCGAAUGCAUUGUGUCGUAGGAAUAAUGGUGUCACUGCAGUGCAGGCACAUGUGUCAGUGUUGUUUUCUGAAUGCUCCAACGGAUGGAAGUGUCGGAUUUUGUAGCGUUGCAGUAGCAUGUUGGUUGAUGACUGGUGAAGCUGAGUGUGUAUAACGUUAGUGAGGAGAAGUGUCUUUUACAGUUGAGAAUUCAAAUAGUGGGUUUUAUAGUGGGAAAGUUUUUAUUUAGCAUCCAAUUGGCAAAAGUUGAGUGUUUCGUAAAUUAUAAGUAACGGUAGCACUCCAAUGGAACGAAGAAAUCGGAAGUUCUUUGGACGCUUUUUGCGUAAAAAAUCCCGAGAACCGCUAGUGAAUCGAUAUGCAUCGCGUAGGAAAUCUGUGUUUGCCGAAACGUACGAUCCUGAAAACGAUGACGAAGACGAGGGCGCGCGAGCAAUCUUUCCCAAAACGGACGAACAGCGGGCCCGGUUGUGUGAUUCAGUCAAAAACAUUCUACUUUUCCGAUCGUUGGACAAGGAACAGAUGAAUGAGGUUCUAGAUGCGAUGUUCGAAAAGAUAGUUCAAGCGAAAGACUACAUCAUCAAGCAGGGUGAUGAUGGCGACAACUUUUACGUCAUUGAGUCUGGAAUCUACAACGCGUAUGUGGGUGAAGAUCAAAAGCACAUACACACAUAUGAUAAUAGAGGAAGCUUUGGAGAGUUGGCUUUGCUAUACAAUAUGCCAAGAGCUGCUACUAUUCAAGCAGAAACGGACGGCAAAUUGUGGGCAAUGGAUCGUCAAACAUUCCGAAGGAUUUUACUAAAGUCUGCAUUCAGGAAACGGAAAAUGUAUGAAGCUCUUCUCGAUGCUGUGCCGAUGCUAAAAACGCUGCAGAACUAUGAACGGAUGAACUUGGCCGAUGCGCUGAUACCUCAAACAUACGCUAAAGGUGAUCGAAUUAUCAAACAAGGUGACGCUGCCGAUGGCAUGUACUUUAUUGAGGAUGGUAAAGUGUCCAUUCGCAUCCAACAGGAUGCCGGCGAGGUAGAAAUUUCCAAUUUAGAAAAGGGCGGAUACUUCGGCGAGCUUGCGCUGGUAACACAUAGGCCACGAGCUGCAUCCGCAUACGCAGUCGACAAUGUAAAAGUGGCAUUUCUGGAUGUGGACGCGUUCGAACGUCUACUCGGACCGUGCAUGAAUAUUAUGAAGCGUAACAUCGGAGAUUACGAAACGCAGCUAGUUAAAAUCUUUGGCAGCAAAAACAACAUCACCGACAUCCGAUAAAGCGUUGCUGGUUCAAAAUCAAUCAAAUGGGAAUUCUAAUCAACUAGAAAUAUAUGCUGCAUGAAAAAUUCUACACUCCACGACGAAAAACGAUGAAAACCAAUCGAGCGGGAUAAACAGCGCCAUAAUUUUAGACGAAACUAUCUUUUGGACUAGAAGGCUACACUCUACGGAUGCAGGGAUCCUGCUUCACAAACAUUGUAGACACGAGGAGGGUAAGAAUGAUGAUUGAAUAAGAGCCUACCUGCCACUUACUCCAAAUUAAAUCACAUUGCGAGUCGCCAGCAUAGAUAAUGUUACUUGAUACUUGAAACCAAAUUAGUGGCUGCUCGUGAUCGUGAUCGCACAAAAUCAUCGACAGUGCUGAAACGUAAAAAGCCAUUGCCAUUGUAACGAAACCAAGGUUCGUAAACAUGCGAUGUUUCGGGAUUGUAGCGACGAUGAUUGAGCAACAACGCGAUGGACUUGAAGGUAGGAUGAUAAAAUUAGAUUAGAAAUAUUUUUUUGGCUGAUGAAUACACAAACAAAAAAAAAAACUUAAAAGAUAAAUAUUUGAAAAAGUCGCCACUACCGCCGCCGUACAUGCUAUAGAUACAAGUACGCAGAUACAUGAAAUGCAUCAUGGUGAAUGGAGUAAGACACGACCCAAGCUCUUUAGUUGAACGAAUCUGAUGCGCAAGUAAAUUUAAAAUUGUAAACUGAAAUUGUGUAGAGUCUGUUGAACGUGGUGUGAAGUGGCGAUUCGUGUGUGCAUUAAGCUGACGCUGAAUAUUCAGAUGACGGACACAUUAAUCGAGCAUGAGGGUGGACGUGUAGUGAGUAAGAUACAUCGUAAUUGUGUAUGUAGACUUUAUGGUAAAACAUGAAAAUAACUUUUCUUACUCAUUAUGUCGUGUUGUUCGAUAUGAUAACCUUAGGGCGAUUAAAGCAUUAAGUGUGUAUGCUGAGAAGUGUAUUAAAAUUGAGUUAAAAACAAAUAACGAACGCAGCAGACUGUAGUUUAUCCUUUACGGCUAAAUGUUUAGAAAACGUUAACUGAGUUUUUUCGGCCUUUAGUUCAGGAAGUGCGUUGUAUUAUUUUGAAAUGCUAAUUUAUUGGUAUGUGUUUUUUCUCUGUUAUUUAUUAUGCUGCCAAUGAGCAAAAAAGAAGCAAACAUCGUUAUAGUGGUUCAGCAAAAGGAUGGUUAUUAUUGGUGAUUGUUAUAUUAGUAUUAUUUUGCAAUGGUUACGACCAAAAUAAGAAACAGUAGAACGAAAAACAAAAACACUGGAAUGCCGUUUCAUGCGUGUAAAAAUAAAGAAUUUACGUGACGGAAUAAUUUCGUGAACAUGUUCAUCGAAAAGAAGGAAUGAUGUGUCCGGAUCAUCAUGGAUGACGUGAAAUGUAUGGCUGCAUAUAAAUUAUAUUAGAAAAAAAAUGCUACGCGAUAGAUGAUCAUCAUUUGCAUACACACACACGUAUCAUACAGCGUCAGAAACGAUCAUAAAAUGCCAUAAACGAAAUGAAAUAGCUAGUAAGCAGUAAACACUUGUAAUAAACAUGAGAAAAAAACGUAUCAAGGUGACAAAAAUGUAGAAGAACGCAUAAGGUGGUGCGUAGAUUUGCUUGCAGAAACAAUUGAGAUGAUAUCAAGAAUAUAUGGUUUUGUAUUGCAUUAAGGGUAGAUGUUUGCAGCGUGAUGGUGAAGAGAGGGUGGAUACAACAUUAAACGAUAUAUAAUGAAAUAGAUAUACACUUCAACCAGGCAUCUAUGGCAAAUAAGAAUGAUACCAACAGAAGAAAUAUGUUGUCAGAUUAGUUUCCAUUCAACGUUUACCGCCGUGCAAACUUCAAAAAUGAAACAUAAUUUUGUGCAUAAUAAGGAUCGGAAAAUCCCACUUCGGGAGUUUCUUAAUGCAUGUAUGCUUUCCGCUUAUAGAAAAAAGCGUGCGUGGAAAGGCAACAUGACGGAAAAGAAACAGUUACUUGAGUUGGGAGUUGUUUUAGUUUAGCGAUACAAUACUUGCUAAACGUACAAGAGAAUGUAACGAUGAAUGAAAGCUCUGAUAUUAGUGUUUUAUGGAUCCCUUGUAAUGGAAUAUUCUCAUGCCCACAUAUACAUAUAUGACGUUUGCUAGAGAAAAAAACGUAAAACGAAAGUAAAUACGUUUCCGCAACAUUCACUACACACUUCUAAAGCGUUUUCGAAGAAUCUCUCAUCAGUACUCCGGCAAUCAAAAUCUAUGUUUUCACCUUAAUGCUGUUUCUAUACACCUUUCCUGACGCUUUGAACGGUUUCAAGUAGCACACAAACACAACCAACAUCCAGAGAAUCAUAAAACAGAACAGAUAUAAUCGAGCGGACUGCAGAUACUACUGUGGAACGGUUCGUCUAAAAGUGUUGCGUUGAAAUUUACAUGUUUUGUUUUAACAUUCAACAUAUCAUGAUAUAGCAUUUGUACGAUGCAUGUUGAUGAGAAGGAUCCACGCAGACCCUUUGUCCCGCAAUUCGUACCAGACGUAUCCAUAACGCCUCCAAAUGGAUCCUUGUGUACGCUAGCCUACACAUUGGUGAUCCUGUGUAUUGACAUCAUUAGUAGUAGUAUCAUUAGUAGCGAUAUAAGAAAACGCUCCAGUGUAGUUCCCGGUGAGGCAAGCGCGGCAAACUGUUGGCUCUUUUUUGCCUAUUGACAAUGGCAAAGGUGUGCAGUCUUAUAGGACAAGAACCAAAUCUAAACUUCCCAACCGCAGCUUUCUCUUCCGCCGAGGCGGGCUUAUGUGACAUACCCUAACACAAUCGCGUAAAAUAAACGUAAUAAAUGGAUCCAUCUCUAUCACACCCGCGUCUGUAACACUGUCCACAGUACCUCUUGAGAAGCAAAAUCAGUGCUAACAGUAAAAGAUCAAAAGUAUGCAGAGAUGAGAAGAAGUAUACACAUCUUUAAAAAGCUUAACGAAGAAAGAUCUUGUGCAAAGAAUGCGUGAGGCGAAGAGUAGAUGGCAAAAGUAAACAAAUAAUAAACAAACAAACAAACAAAAAACUCGUUGACAUCUUAAAUGUGCCCUUUUAUCCAAAAGAGAUGAAUAUACAUACACACACACACACACACAAAAUGAGAUGAAAUAUCCUUAAUCAUACUUAGUCGCGCACGAAAAGUAAGGCUACAAGACAGGCAAGCAGUUACGCUCAUAUAAAUUCGUUGGAUUCCGCGCCAAGGAAUCCUGCUGCAAAACGGCUGAUCAAUCACUGGGAUAGAAUGCAGAGGCAUUACCUGCACACCGAUGCAGAAGGAAAAGUUGACAAGAUAUGCCAGAGGCAUUCGUUAGAGGAAGGUAUUUUCGAACUUCUACACUUCUAGUAUUUUUUUCUGUUAGGUAUAUGAAGAGCUUAUCUAGGGAAAAGAGGGAAAUAAUCAGACGUAUCUUGCAAUGCAGCUGUGCCAGUGCCAGUGACAUUUAAAGAGAAGUGAAAAUCGAGCGUGUCAAGCUCAGUAACGCAGAAAAACGUGCGUGCAGAGUGCGAUAACAGUGUAAACAUGCUUUUUGUAACAGAUUUAAAACAGUCAAUCAUGCAACCAAUGGCGCAAAAUGCGUUCCACAUGAUACACACAGCACAGGUCACAGCAUGGAAUACAACGUACGUACGUUUGUCUACACUUCCGCUGCACAUUUAUUGAGAAAACACUUCCUUUUACUACGUUUACGUUUUUUUUAAAUAAAAAGAUCAGCUUGCAACGUAACCCACAAGAAUGAUUUAAGAAGGUUCAUUUUGCUUUUCCCAACCACGAAAUCAUGCAUCAUCAUGUGGCAUAAUGAAUAUAUUAAACUCCGUAUCAGAAUCGGGCCAACAGUUUGUAUGGCUUACGCUUGCUAAGCGGACAGUCAAGGCGCAAGGCUGGUCGUAUACUAGUUGCUCCAACAUAUAGCGCACUAGGGAAAAUGCUGGCCAUUUUCGUUUUAAGCGUUGUUUAUUUAAUGUUAAUUUUACGGCACAAUGAAAGGUUGGUUCAAGCUACUCUUCGGCUAGCUCCGCUUUGGGUAGAAGGAACCGAUAGCACUAAUAGCAGAUUUUGAGGUAAAAAGCGCAUAACAACUAGUGGUUUGUGUAUUGUUUCCUUAUUAAAAUGUUUUCGUUUAUGUUUCACCUUUCUUUAUUUCAUUGUUUACUAUAAAUUUUACCCUUAGCAUAGUAAAAGCGCUUAAUGAUAUUGUAGGCCAACACACACACACACUUGAAACUUAAAUUAUAAUUAAAGAAAUAAAGAAAAAAUACAAUAACUUAGUUUGAUUCGAGGAAACUCUUCACGAAAAACAAAACUAUAUUUUAACAUUUAGGGCAAACCGAUUAAUUAAAUUGAAUGGAAAGUUUAAACUAAUCUUUUCCAUCAAUAAAACAAUGAAGUUUCUUUGCAUAUUUAAUUACUAUUGUUGUGCAGUUUAUAUCUUUUCUACUUUCCGGUAAAGAUGAAAAGUGACGUAAAAUUCCAAAUGCUACUAUAAAUGAGCAGCUCUAUGCUUCCUCUGAACACAUAAAUCGGGCGAAUUGGUUUAGAAACACCGAACUGGCUUAAGGAUGUAGGAUAAAUCUAUUUUGAAAACAUAACAACAAAAAGGAAAAAACACAAACAGAAUAUAAAGCAUGUAUCAAGUGUAGUUAACAGUUCGAUUUCGUUGAAUAUUACACGAUUGAGUUGCUAAUUUUAAAGACAAAAAAAAUCACACAACACAAAUAUGCGUAACAAACAACAAACAAAUGAAAAUGAAGCAAAACAACACAAAAUAACAAAAAAAACAACAUGUUGCUGUCUCGUUAAUGAAGGUGUCGUAUUUAAUGAAAUAAAAGGAAAUAAAAAUGAAAGUAGAAACAAAUCAUA